AUGCCCGGAUUUGCUAAGUUUGUGAAAGAUUUGCUUACGAAGAAAAGGUCUAUUCAACAUGAGACAGUGAAUUUAACUCAUCGUGUGAGUUCGAUUAUUGCUUCCACUACAGUUCAGAAGAAGGGAGAUCCAGGGGCGUUUACCAUUCCGUGCAAUAUUGGGCUUCAUGCAUUCACUCGUGCUCUGUGUGAUAAUGGGGCGAGUAUCAACUUAAUGCCCCUUGCUAUUUUUAAACAAUCCGAAUUGGGGAUGCCUAGGACGACUUCUAUGCGAUUACAGAUGGCGGACAGAUCUAUUAAGAAGCAGUUGGAGCUAUAG